UCCUCCUCCACCUCCUUCAGGGGUGGCACAAACCAAGGCCAGGUUAACUCGUCCAUAUAAAAGGCACGACCGAACGGAUCGUCGCCAUGAUUUGCACGAUGGACAUCAUCAGGUCGCCACUUCUUUUCACACUGCUUUUUGCCUCUGCGGCAGUGCUUGCGACUCCAUAUAGAACCUACAGAAGCCAUUAUGGAGGAGGUGGAGGAGGCGGCAUCGCGGCCUCCAAUGCACAGGCCUCCGCUUCGUCUCUAGCAAUUGGAGGCGGUGGUGGAUACCCGGGCGGAGGAAUUGGACACGGAGGCGGCGGCCAUGGCGGUUUCGCUAAAGGCGGCGGUCUAGGAGGUUCACAUGGAGGCGGUCUGGGAGGUGCGCAUGGAGGCAGCUUUGGAGGUGGCCUCGGAGGUGCAGGCGCUCACGGCGGCGGCUAUGGAGGCGGUGAACACUCUGGUAUUGUUGGCCACGCGAGUCCUGGAGGUGGAAUUCAAGCCGUGCCUUACGGAAAUGCUGCUGGAGGUGGACACGCAGGAGGUUAUGGAGGUGGACUUGGCGGUGGAAACCUAGGAGGAGCGCACGGAGGCGGCUUGGCAGGAGCGCAAGGUGGAAGCUUUGGUGGAGCAAGCGGAGGCGCCUUUGGUGCAGCAAACGGAGGCGGCUUUGGUGGAGCGGCACCCCAUAGGGGAGGUCAUGGAGCUGUUAACGGAGGAGGUUUUGGUCACGGAGGAGGUUCUCAGGGUCACGGUGGUCUGCAGGGAGGACACGGUGGCGGCGGAUUUGGAGGUGGAGGUUUUUCUGGCAGUAGCAGCAGCGCCUCGGCGUCGUCCUCGAGUGGCUAUUUUGGAGCUGGCUAUGGUGGAUAAGCAGCAAGUGGUGAAGUUGAUUUUAACAACAAAU